AAGUGUUAACGUCUUUGUUGUAAGACGGUACACUCACCUGGUUUGUUAAGUUUAUAGACUUUUAAACGAAUUAUCGCCAAAUUGUUUAAAAUGACGAGAAGAUCGUGUGCCAUUUACGCCACCGGGAUUGUGAGUGCUCAUCUGCUGAUAUUGGGGAUUGCCCUGAUGGUAGCGCAAGUCUUCCAAACAAUGAUACAAGAAAGGAUAAAAAAGGAGAUCACCCUGGCUGAAAACAGUCGAGUAUUAGAGGGCUGGAUAAACCCUCCACCCCCAGUUUACAUGCAGUAUUUCUUCUUCAAUGUCACCAACCCUGAGGAGUUUAAAGCUGGCAAAGCAAAGCCUCGUGUCACCCAAAUGGGUCCUUACACUUACAGGGAAUACAGGCCACGAGAAAAUGUGACAUACUUGGAGAAUGGCACAAAGGUCUUUGCUACAAAUCCGAAGAGUUUUGUAUUUCUUCCAGAGAUGUCAGUUGGAGACCCUGAGGUGGACAUCCUGACUGUCCCUAACAUCCCUGUCAUUGCUGUCAUGAAUGAAAUGAAGACCUAUUCCUUCUUCGUUCGCCCACUCAUCUCUUUAUGGAUGGAUUCUCUGGGUGUUGAUCUGUUUAUGACACGCACCGUGCAUGAGAUCUUGUGGGGCUUUAAGGAUCCACUAAUGAGUAAACUACAUAACCUGAAGCCAGAAGUGGAUGAGUACUUCGGCCUUAUGUACAAGAAAAAUGGAACUCAUGAAGGCGAAUUUGUCUUCCACACUGGAGAGCAGAACUUUAUGGAUUAUGGCAAGAUUGACACUUGGAAUGGAAUAAGAAAGAUGGAUUGGUGGUCAUCGGAGCAGAGUAACAUGAUCAAUGGCACUGAUGGCAGUGUGUUCCAUACUUUCCUGAACAGAGACGAGCUGCUCUACAUCUUUGCUGCUGAUCUCUGCAGAUCUAUCCAUUUGUCAUAUGUGAAUGAUGAAGAGGUCAAAGGAAUCCCAGCAUACCGCUUUGCUCCUCCUUCUGAUGUGCUCGCCGCUCCAGAUGAGAAUCCUGCCAACGCUGGCUUCUGCGUGCCUGCUGGAGAUUGUCUGGGCAAAGGAGUGCUUAAAGUCAGUGUAUGCCGCCAAGGAGCACCUAUUGUUGUGUCUUUCCCACAUUUCUACCAAGCUCAAAGACAGUAUAUUGAUGCCAUUGAUGGGAUGAAUCCCAACAAAGAAGAGCAUGAGACCUAUCUUGACAUUAACCCAACUAGUGGAGUCCCUAUUCGUGCGUGUAAAAGAGCGCAGCUUAACAUUAUAAUGAAGAGAGUACCUGGCUUCCCCAUAACGAAAUUCCUGAAUGAAACCAUUUUCCCUAUUAUGUUUGUCAACGAGACUGCAACCAUUGACGAUCAUUCAGCCUCACAGAUGAAAACUCUGCUCCGUAUCAUAACGAUAGUGUCCAACUUCCCUGUGAUCAUCAUGGCUAUGGGUGCCAUAUUACUGCUUGUCUUUAUCCUCCUGUUGUGCAGGAAUCGUCAAAGAAAGAAUGAAGUAAAACGUAUUGAUUUUACCGAAGCUUUUCAUUCUUUUGCUACAAAAGAUGACACCGCCUACACUCCAGUCAGCAGCAAAUCAGACGAGUCACCUGAAGCACACAGCAACCAGCCUAUGAAGAAUGGCUCAUACAUCGCCAUGUCGCCAGUGGAAGCUCAGAAGUGUUGAUGAAAAUCAAUGUGUGGGAACCCGCCGAGGGGGAUCCACCUAUGUGACUCUUUCCUCUACUCACCUUUUUUCACUGUGCAACACGUUUAGAGGUGGUCAGCUGCUAGAAACCACAGUCAGCCAACACGCCACUCGUUUUGUGGCCGUUGAAAAACUUCCUCUCUCCUGCUGACUCUUUCGCUGUCUGAACAUGGCCUUCUCUACCUGCCAUAUUUUUAACACGCAAAAAUAAUGUCUGACUCAAAACACAGUGCUGUUUUGCAGUCAUUUCUUCUGCUGUUGACUAGACAUAGUGAACUGAAACCACCUGCUAGCCUUUUUGGAUGGCCAUGCCCAUGCAUGCUCCUCUAACAAAGGGCUGAAACAAUGAAAACAUGUAUAUCCAGGCUGCUUUCCUAUGGCAAGCAGGAGCCACCUUAAACACCAGUGUUUGCGCAAUGGCCAACGUUCUUAAAGUGUAUGAAUGAAUUGCCACACUACUGUAAUGUCGCCUGUUUCAGAUUUUCCUUACCGCCAUAUCUUACCAUUUCAAAGAACGAGGCGAAUUUGCCUUCAUGAGUAUUUCAAAAGAUAAGCGGAAGUCCAGUGCGGUCGUGGGUAUGAAUGGUGUUGUGUUAUGUGCAUUGUGCGUGGGCUUGGUUUUGUAUUUGUAUGGAAGGGGUAAGGCAAGCAUGUCCAUGCUUGUAUAUCACUUAAUCAAACUGCUGUGAAUUGUUUGUGAAGGGCUGUGCUUUCUGACGCAGUAGCAUGACUAGAAUCAGUCACUAGAUUUCAAAGUCCUUAACAUUUUGCCCUGUCCUAACUUGCUAAGUGCCAUUAGGUGAUGGAAUCAGGCAUCAGUGGCUGUGUUUAAAAUGGCAUGCUGCAUAUUGCAUUAAUACUGCAUAAAGCCUAUAGUAUGCUGAAAUUAUUACACAAGGGUGGUGCUGGUGGUGGAUCGGGGGUGUUAAUGAUGAAGUUAGGGAUUACCUGCCUUUGAUAAUUAGUUUAAGGCAGAAUGUAGAUUAAGGGUAAGAAAAAAUAAGAGCAAAUGGAUUUUCACUGUAGGUAAACUGGCUAUUUAAAAUUUCAUCCUAGAUGUGAGUAAUAUCGGUUAUUGGGUUAUUGAGAAGUUAUGUGAUGGGUUAACACCUUUACCAAGGUGCUUAUUUGACCUUGAACUUACAGUUGCGGAAUAUACUCCCAAACCGCUAUAACCCUAAUCAGGGUAAACCAGUUACUUAACCUGACCUGAUAGGAACAUACAUAGAUAAAUAAACACACCUACUAUGUGGUUAAACAUAUAUGAAGUAAGCAGUUAAUCUCCUGGCUUAACGUAAAGUUAUUUGUGGAUGACAUCCGUAGCCACAUAUGAUUGAAGUAUAUGAAUGAAUUAACGUUCUACACGGUGAUCUGUCUACAUGAUUGGUAAAUGCAUUACCUCUGGAAGAAUACUGCUAAAUUAAGCAUACUAGAACAGCCCAUGUUUUCACAUGCUGCCUUUGGGUGGGAUUUAUGAACAGUAUGCAUAUGUCUUUUGAACAUACAGCUACGUCCUUAUCCAGCCUGGUUUAGAGGAUCUUAAACUUGAGAUGAAUUUACAUAAUGCACAAGUGAAAAGUAAACCUGCUUUUUGUCUUACACAUACCUGAGAAAGAGCUCUGGAGUGUCGUAAUAUCAGACUUUUUUUGUUGCGCAAGUGAGUCUUGUAUGUAGUCAAAACAUCUUCACCCAGACUUGUGCCACGUUAAGGUAUUUUGUCUCAGACUCUGAAAAAGCACAAUAACAACCUUUUUACCUUGAGCAUUUUACAACUGCUUAUAAGGCUAAGAACAUCAGGAAAGGCGUGCUGCACAUCUUUACGGCAGUGGGAUUGAAUUAUGAAUAACUUAGCCUUGAUGUACCUGGCACUUAAAUCGCUGUUUUUCCCUCAGUUUACUGCUUCCUGUCCUUCCUUCAUGUUCAAAGCAUUUAGUUGAAAAAAAUCUGAAGUAGGCAUAAAAAAGGCCAUAAAAUCUAUGUAAAAACUAUGUGCACUUUUCAUAAAAGUCCUGCACAUUUUAUUUCAAUGCAACAGUCCUGACUUGGAUUUCACAACCGUGCCCUGAUGCCUUUUUGUAGUCAUGUUUUGAGUUCGGUGUUUAUUUGUGUUACAUUUUUUCUAACCAUUGGUAUCAGAAGGAUUCCUUAAUUCCAGCACCGAAUGGCGAUUAUAACUGCUUUACCCCCCUGAAACAUGAAAAUCCUGGAACCUUGCAAGACUUUGGUCUGGAAUUGAGGAAGCCUGUCAUGCAGUGUUGUAUUAUUUUUGAGACCAUGCUCAUUUCUUAAAUGUUUGCACAUUGUGUUUGUGGCACUUUUCAGGACCAUACCAUUUCAUGCCAAACAUGUGAUGCCACCACUAAUGACUUAUGCAUUAACAAUAAGCUAAAAUGGUUUACUCACUUUGCUGUUACUCUUAACUUUCGUCGUCUCCACUGAUUAUUGUUGUGGCAAAAUGUUUGUAGCCAGUGUGUGUUUUAGUCUUAAAUUCAAGAUUUGAUGGCAACUCAGAACUGGAGAAUUUGUGUGCAUACCAAGUAUACAGAGUAUCAAAGUGAAGUGUGAAAGAAGCAACUGGAAUAUUUUUGUAACUGUACCAUUAAACCUUUAGCUAGCCUUGGCUAGAUGGUUUUCUUAACUAUUUCUAGCUUGGCUUGCUUGUAGUCAGCAUUACAAACUAUGUAAAAUACACAAAUUUGCCAAUUAUUGCCUUUGUUAAUACAUACAGAAGGCUAUUGUCAUACCUGCUGGUCCACAUUAGUGGAACUUUUUACUUGUCCUGACUUGAAUUUUUGAAGCUUUUAAACCUGAGCCAUUUUUUGAAACGUAACAUUUAAACCCAGAUAUUUUUUUUGGUUCAAUUCAAUGUACACUCAACCAAAGAUAACCUUAUAGAUUGAGUUGCCCCAUUUGUUUACUUUCACAGAUACAGCUCUAGUGCCAUCGAUUUUUCUCAUUCUCAUUUACAGCCAUGUUACAGCUCAUGAACUUUAUCCACAAGGGCAAAAGGCAAAAAGUGGUAAAAAUUCAAGUAUUUUCCAGAACUCUGCUGGAGUUUUCCAAAGUGUUUAACAAAUGUUGUUACAACAAAUUAGGAACACAGUAUUCUGUUUUGACACAGCAAUACAUUCUGUAAAGAAUUUUCUAUGGAGAUCUGCAUUAUCUACAUAUUUAUGUAGCCAUAUGUAUAACUGUAUGUAUGUACAUUAUCUAAAAUUGUAAAAUAUUAGUUCUUUCAUUUCUGUUCUGUAUUUGAUACUAAUUUUCUAAUCUAAAAGAAAAAAGCUGAUUUUUUUCUUUCCUCCAGACAGAUUUCUUACUUGUUCUGAGUGUGUUGUCCCACAGUUGAUGUUGAACAGUGUGUGUAUGGUUUGUAAGUUUAGUGGCAGUAUUUAAGAAAGUUUGUGAUGGCGUGUGUAAAACCUCCAGUGCCACAAGUUCUUUAGAAGCCGCCGCACUGUUUUACUAAUGUGGCGCAUCAGGAAGGCUGAUUAUCUUUGAUUUUGGUUGAAAGACUUUGACUUGGUGCUACAUCAGGCACAAAAAGUUUCUACAGCAAACCUUUUUACCUUAGAUGAAUGAUGCCCUCCUUCAGGGAUGAGACUCUAGUGCCAUAUCAUCCUGGGUCACUCAGUUUAGGAAACGUUGUAGCAGUUUGUGUCCCUUUUUGCAUUUCAGUAAAGCUUCACCAUGAUUGGGAUGGUUUAGAUCAUUUUAUGUUCACCUCAGAGGCUUGUUGAAUUUUUGCUGCUGAAAAUGACAAUCCCCACAUUGUUAGGUGCAACAUCUCUUUAAAUUUGAUAACCUGAUUUUGUUCUAAGAAUUUACACUGCACAAAUGUUUCUGCAAUACUUUUUUGUAAACAUUUUUAGUGUUCUUUGCAAAAAAAUAAAGUUUACUGCAAAAUGU